UUCUGUGAUUGGCUACCUUUCCUUCCAUUGGUUGUUCUUUCCAGAUACAACUAUUCGAGCUCAGAGUGGUGGAAGUGUCUGUUUGAAAAUGCGGUGCGACUUUCUUUGUCUGCGGUGCCUUCUGUCAUUUAAAUUAAAUCUUCGGUGCCUCGAAACUAUAUCGACCGAAUAAAGAUGUCGACAAAGAAACUAGCCAAAGAGCUCGGCUUGUUGAGGCAGCGAAGUCAGUCUUCAUCUGCUUCAAACAAUGUGUUAUUGUCAAAUCAGAUAUUUUCAUACCUAAUCGUGAUCGACUUCGAAUCAACCUGUUGGAAAGAUAAAAACAACUACAGCCAGGAAAUCAUUGAGUUUCCUGCCGUGUUGCUCAAUACUUCCUCUGGACAAACUGAAUCUGAAUUCCACACAUAUGUUCAACCCCAGGAACAUCCUGCUUUAUCUGCAUUCUGCACCGAGCUGACGGGGAUUUCACAGUUCCAUGGACUCAGAACAGGAAUCUUGGAUGGUCUGCCCGCAGUCCUUAUAUGGACCUCAUGGCCUUAUAUGGACCUCAUGGCCUUAUAUGGACCUCAUGGCCUUAUAUGGACCUCAUGGCCUCUGUACAAUGGCCAAGUUGAGGCCGGGGUCCCGCUCCACAUCUGUUUGUCUCGAUUCAGCCGAUGGCUGCAGAACCUGCAGCUUCAGAUGGGGGUGGUGUUUCCCAGCAUGCAGCAGCAGAAGUGUUCUACACCGUCAGCCUCCCAGAACCUGUGUGCCUUCCUCACAUGGUCAGACUGGGAUCUGGGAGUUUGUCUCCAGUACGAGUGCAGACGUAAGCAGCUCCAUAAACCUGCGGUGCUCAGCAGCUGGAUCGACCUGAGGAGAACGUACAGACUUUUUUAUAACAGAAAACCUAGAGGCCUGAAUGGGGCGCUGCAGGAUGUAGGAAUACAGUUUUCAGGAAGAGAACAUUCAGGUUUGGAUGAUGCUCGAAACACAGCGAAGCUCGCUGCGAAGAUGAUGAGGGAUGGAUGUGUGAUGAAGAUCACAAAGAGCCUAGAGAGGACACCAACAGUAGUGAGAGUGGAAAAUCCAGACGACAGUGAAGGAAACCAUCACCAAAAUAUAAAGGACAAUACACUCACUUGUAAAGUAACUCCACGUUCAGAGACAACGGCAGUGAGUGUGAACAUGAAGCCGUUGGUUCUGGGCUCUGUUCAGAACCUGGUCUCUCCCAGAACCCUUCUACGUUCCGACCCUACAACUAGUCCAAUGUGGGGUCACGGCAGAUGGUCACUCACCAACUUGGACGUUGCUGACGAUUCCUCAGUUGUGUUAAAGUCUUCUUCGCCGUACAGUGUUGUCAACGAGAGUCUUGUUCUGUGCUCUACUACUCUGGGCUGCCUCUCUCAUCCGCCUCCACCGAAAGGCAAGUCAAAAACAGACGCAACGGCGCAACUGGAGAGAGAUGACAGUGAAGAACUUUCAGUGGAGACGGAAGGGCGGUGUGGUUCUUAUGAUGACGUAGUGUUGGGCAGUGAGGACAGUGUGACUGACACGGGUGGAGAACGUAGUUCAGAGUUUUUGUCCGAUGGUGGCACUGGAAGUCGUUUGGAAGAAGAGAGUCAACUCAAAUCACCUGGGAGAACAGGUGAUGGGAACCACUCUCAAGUCCGCCAUCUUUCUGUAAAUACGGUCAGGAAAUGCAGGGCAGUGCAGUUCAACAGAGUACCAGAGGGGGGCGUGUGUUUUGCCGUGCCUCAGGCUGUUUCCUUUGACGGAGUAGAUAACAAGACAUCUCCACAAAGUCGAAGAAAAUCACAGCAAAUGAGAAAGAAUGACUCCAAAACGUCUUCUCCACUGGUCCACGGGACGUCCAUUCCAGGAAAGACCUCCACGCCGAACCCCUUCUCUGAAGCAGUGAGACUGAACCUAAAACCCCAGCAGACUCCACGGACGUCUUUCACGGUCUACAGCGACCCCGUCAGGUUCGCUCCUGUGUCACGGACGUCUCUUAACCCCGCCAAUAAAGUUCUGUCCGCUUUGUCUGCCAACACACACUCGUCGUUCACCAACCGGUCCUUUUCUGAGACUGCAAGAGUUCGGAAGGUCACGUCCCCACUGUGCGCAUGCGGACGUCGUGCAAAGCGACAGGUUGUCUGCAACGGGGGUCCGAACCAGGGGCGGGGUUUUUUCUGCUGUCCUGUCCGGCGGUCAGGUAGCUGUGGAAAGAUCCAGAAGGGAUGUGACUUCUUCAAGUGGGAGUCAUCUCUGAUGAAGAGCAGCGGACUGGCGCCCCCUGCUGCCCUGGCUUCGGUAUCACUGAGUCACAACAACUCAACUUUUAGCUGUGGUCUCCAGCAGAGGGCGACGUUGAGAUAAGGUUAAUAAUGUUAUUGAAUAUAGAUAAUGUGCUGGUGUAACUACGGUCCGUUUUUAAAAAGUCCCGUUGACCUUUAUUUUUACUAACGUAAUAUUUUGAUAAGAAUGGACAAAACGAAGUGAAUGAUGGACAAGUGUCUGUUGACAGACAUACGUGUGUGUGUACACCACGGUAAGUGAACUGUGUUUGAAUGUUGAAUGACUGUUGUGUCUGUACGGUGGCCUCGGGAACAUUCACUGUGUCAAUAUUUGAAAUACUCAUUUUUACUGUAGUACAUUUCCCUCAGAUCUGUUGUUUUCUUCUACUGAAUUUCCCGGUGUGGGAUGAAUAAACUCUUAUCUUCUGUGAAUUGUAUUUGAACCGAGAUGUGUUUUAAUGUGUAACAGGAUGACACCGUCCUCAUUAAUUGGGGUUUUUA